AUGGGUGUGAGGCCAUCGAGGAGUUUCUCCAAUGAAGAGCUAAGUGAGGUGAGCACAAGUCGGGCAAAGAGGAGUGCUGGGAGAGAAGACCACCCCAGUUUGUCUUCAGCGGCCGAGAGGAUCCGCAAGCAUGCCACUGUGCACUUUGGCUACAGCACCCUUAGCCUGGCCAUGCGGGGGCUGGAGGAGAUCCCUAGUGAGUUGUGGGAGCUCAGGGAGCUGGAGAAGCUAAACUUGUCCAUGAACUGCCUGUGCGUGCUGCCACCCACGCUGGGUGCUCUGGACAACCUGGUGGUGCUCAACCUGUGGGGCAACAACCUGACCAGCCUGCCACCUGAAAUCGGCCUGCUGAAGAAGCUGCGUGUGCUCUUCGCCUCUCGCAACCGUUUGAGCGAGGUGCCCGAGGAGCUGGGCUCCUGCAGCUGCCUGGAGGUGCUCAGCUUGGCCAACAACCAGAUCAGGGGCCUCCCUGGCAGCUUGGCGUCCAUGGGCAACCUGACCAAGCUCAACCUGAGCCACAAUCACAUAGCCCACAUUCCCACCUGUGUCUACAGCAUGAGGAGUCUGGUCUUUCUGCACUUGGCCUGCAACCGGCUGGAGACCAUUGCGGAUCAGAUCCAGGACCUGGUCAACCUCAAGAUCCUCAUCGUGGAGGGUAACUGCAUCCACACGCUGCCCAAAACCCUGUGCUUCUUGGAGUCUCUGGAGCUCCUGAACGUUGACUUUAAUGACCUGCAGAGUUUGCCGAUGGAGAUGUACCUGCUGAGCCGGCUAGGGAAGCUAGCCUGCCACCCGCUGGAUAAAGGGCUCCAUAUUGUCCAUAAUCCCCUGCUUAAGCCCAUUCAAGAAGUGCUGCAAGGAGGACUCGGUGCCCUCUAUAACUACCUCAGGCCCUCAUGA